AUGGCCUCAGGAAACGAUGGUGACCCACCGAGGGCCCAGGGAAGCGGCAGGCGCCGGCUGUCACAAGAGCACAACUCAGAAGACCAGGUGGCAGAGGAGACGGAGGAGGUGUUUCGGAGCUACGCCUUCUACCGCUACCAGCAGGAGAGGGAGGAGAGAGGGGAAGAAGUGCCCAUGGACCCAGAGAUCGUAGAGAUCCAGCAGGAGCUGGGCAGCACCGGCAGCAGGGUGGGCAGGCGCUUGGCCAUCAUCGGCGACGACAUCAACGAGCGGUACGACGCCGAGUUCCGCUGCAUGCUGAAAUCCCUGCAGCCCACCAAGGACAACGCCUACGAGUACUUCACCAGGAUAGCCUCCAGCUUGUUUGAGAGCGGCAUCAACUGGGGCCGGGUGAUCGCGCUCCUGGGCUUCGGGUACCGCAUGGCCAUGCACGUGUACCAGCAGGGCAUCCCCGGCUUCCUGCGCCGCAUCGCCCGCUACGUCGCCGAGUUCAUGCUGCGGAACCGCAUCGCCCGCUGGAUCGCCCAGCAGGGAGGAUGGGUGAGCUCCCCGGG